UUUGUUAUAUAUAGAUUUAUCUACGUGGAUCAAAUAUUGCUCAUUUUUUAAAUACUACAUAUGGUUGGAGAUUAACCAUAAUUUUACAUCAUCAAUAGUUUUUCAACCAUGGCUGAUUUUUCAUCCUACCUUCUUCUUCUUCUUCUCCUUUUCUGGUUAUCCUACUUCCUCUUUCUCCGAUCAAUCUUCACCAGAACCCGGCCCAACAACCCCGGCCGGCAUCCCCCGAGCCCGCGGUCGCUGCCGGUGAUCGGCCACCUCCACCUCCUCGGCCGGAUCCCUCACCAAUCUCUCCACAAAUUAUCAUGCCAAUAUGGACCAUUAAUGCACCUCUUCUUCGGCUCAAAGCCUUGCUUGGUGGUGUCCUCUCCUGAAAUGGCUAAAGAGUUCCUCAAAAACCACGAAUCCUCCUUUCUGAACCGUCCCAUAAGGACCAACAUAAACUAUCUCACUUACGGCUCUGCGGACUUCACUUUUGCCCCCUAUGGACCCUAUUGGAAGUUCUUGAAAAAGCUUUGCAUGACGGAGCUCCUCGGCGGCCGCACUCUCGACCUCCACCACCCCGUCAGAGAGGAUGAGACGAGGCUGUUCCUGCAGCGGAUUCGUACACGGGCUCUUGCUGGGGCGGCAAUCGAUGUUGGAGCUGAGCUUUCCAGGUUGAUGAAUAACAUAAUCUCAAGAACGACGUUAAGAAGAAGAUGUCCGAAGGAAGACGAUGGAGGGGAAGAAGUGGGCAAAUUGGUGACGGAGAUGUGCGAGCUCGCCGGAGAACUCAACGUGGCCGACAUGAUAUGGUUGUGCAAGAAGUUAGAUUUGCAGGGGUUUAGGAAACGAGUCAGAGAUGUGAGGAAGAGGUAUGAUGAAAUGAUGGAGAAGAUAAUAAAGGAACAUGAAGAAGAGAGGAAGAGGAAGAAGGAAGAUGGAGUUAAGGAUUUGCUUGAUAUUCUACUUGACAUUUAUGAAGAUCAAAGCUCAGAAAUCAAACUCACUAGAGAUAAUAUCAAGGCUUUUGUUAUGAACAUAUUCGGCGCCGGAACGGAAACAUCGGCGGCGGCGACAGAAUGGGCACUGGCGGAGCUGAUCAACAAUCCGUCCGCCAUGGCCAAAGCAACCGAAGAAAUCGACGCCAAAAUCGGAAAAACCAGACCCCUCCAAGAAUCCGAUCUCCCCAAUCUCCCUUAUCUCCAAGCCGUCGUUAAAGAGACCCUCCGCCUCCACCCCACCGCGCCGCUCCUCGUCCGGGAGGCCACGGAGCCCUGCGCCGUCGCCGGCUUCCACGUGCCGGAGAGCACGCGCCUGCUCGUCAACGUCUGGGCCAUCGGGCGGGACCCGGCCCACUGGGACGACCCGCUCCAGUUCCGCCCCGAGAGGUUUCUCGGCGAAAAUGGGAGAGCCCACCACCAGCACAGAUUUGAUCUGAUGCCGUUUGGGAGCGGGCGGCGGAGCUGCCCCGGCGCCGCGCUGGCUCUGCUGCUGGUCCCGGCGGUGCUUGGUGGGCUGAUUCAGGGCUUUGAGUGGAAGGUUCAUGGCGGCGGCAGCGGUUGUGCUAUCGAUAUGGAAGAGGCCGCCGGAAUCUCUCUCCGGCGAGCUCGUUCUUUGGUUUUGAUCCCGGCGCCUAGGCGCUCCCUCCCUUCUUUUCCAUAUUGACUACUGGUCACAAAGUUUGUGUCAGUAAUUAAUGUUUUGAAAUGUUUUAAUUAUGUCUUAAAAAUUUGAAUUGUAUCGAAGGUAUAAUUUUUAAGUCUUCAUUGUAUGUGGCGGGGAUCGAACCUACAAUUUCUUAGUUUGAGAUAUAUAUCAAUUAUCAUUGAA